GGCCGAGUGUCUCCUCCAACCCCAGCGCGCGGCGAGCCGGAAGUCACGGUGGAGAUCGGAGAGACUUACCUGUGCCGGCGGCCGGAUAGCACCUGGCAUUCUGCGGAAGUGAUCCAGUCUCGAGUGAAUGACCAGGAGGGCCGAGAGGAAUUCUAUGUACACUACGUGGGCUUUAAUCGGCGACUGGACGAGUGGGUGGAUAAGAACCGGCUGGCACUGACCAAGACAGUGAAGGAUGCUGUGCAGAAGAACUCAGAGAAGUACCUGAGCGAGCUCGCCGAGCAGCCUGAGCGCAAGAUCACACGCAACCAGAAGCGCAAGCACGAUGAGAUCAACCAUGUGCAGAAGACUUAUGCAGAAAUGGAUCCCACAACAGCAGCACUGGAGAAGGAACACGAGGCGAUCACCAAGGUGAAGUAUGUGGACAAGAUCCACAUCGGGAACUACGAAAUUGAUGCCUGGUACUUCUCACCGUUCCCCGAAGACUAUGGGAAACAGCCCAAGCUCUGGCUUUGCGAGUACUGCCUCAAAUACAUGAAAUAUGAGAAGAGCUACCGCUUCCACUUGGGGCAGUGUCAAUGGCGGCAGCCCCCCGGGAAGGAGAUCUAUCGCAAGAGCAACAUCUCCGUGUAUGAGGUGGACGGCAAAGACCAUAAGAUUUACUGUCAGAACCUGUGUCUGCUGGCCAAGCUUUUCCUGGACCACAAAACACUAUACUUCGACGUGGAGCCCUUCGUGUUUUACAUCUUGACUGAGGUGGACAGGCAAGGGGCCCACAUCGUUGGCUACUUCUCGAAGGAGAAGGAGUCUCCAGAUGGAAACAACGUGGCCUGCAUCCUGACCCUGCCCCCCUACCAGCGCCGUGGCUAUGGGAAGUUUCUCAUCGCUUUCAGUUAUGAGCUCUCCAAGCUAGAGAGCACAGUGGGUUCUCCAGAGAAGCCGCUGUCUGACCUGGGCAAACUCAGCUACCGCAGCUACUGGUCAUGGGUCCUGCUGGAGAUCCUGCGAGACUUCCGGGGCACAUUGUCCAUCAAGGACCUUAGACACCACAAGGGGACCAUCUCAUCUGCUCUAACCCCUCUCUGCAGCCAGAUGACCAGUAUCACCCAGAAUGACAUCAUCAGUACUCUCCAGUCCCUCAACAUGGUCAAGUACUGGAAGGGCCAGCAUGUGAUCUGUGUCACACCCAAGCUGGUAGAGGAGCACCUCAAAAGUGCCCAGUAUAAGAAGCCACCCAUCACAGUGGACUCUGUCUGCCUCAAGUGGGCACCCCCCAAGCACAAGCAAGUCAAACUCUCCAAGAAGUGAGUGGCCUGUGCCCCUGCUGUCGGACGCUUGCCUCCUUGCCCUGAGCCUGUAAAUAUGUACAGAUCUGUUUCGUCGUUUUUUUUUAAUAAAGGAAGCUCUGCUGGUG